AUGAAAAGACUAGAAGCUAAUCUGCAAAAAGAGUUAAGCAUUAUCUUGAAGCAAGAAGAGCUUAUGUGGUUUCAAAGGGGUAGAACCAAUUGGUUGGCUGAUGGAGACCGCAAUACUCGGUAUUAUCAUAUGAAAAUAAUUACAAGAAGAAAGGGAAAUAAGAUAUUAAUGCUGAAAGAUGAUGAAGGAAAUUGGGUAGAGGAUCAUGAUGCAUUGGAGCAGCUAGUUACGAAUUAUUUCAAAACCAUGUUUGAUAGCACUAAUCUUUGUUGUCAAUGGUCCCAAUGGUCCCAAACUGAGAUAUCGUAUCCAAAGAUUAGUGCUGAUAUAGUGCAUAGCUUAGAUGAGGAUAUUAAGGCGGAGGAAGUGAUUCAGCCACAUUUUGUCAAUCAAUUCCGACCAAUUUCUCUUUGCAAUACCAUCUAUAAGAUUGUUACCAAGGUGAUUGUGGAAAGGCUUAAACCCCGUAUGCAGUACCUUGUUUCCCCGUUUCAAACAGGAUUUGUCCCUGGGAGAUCAAUACAUGAGAACAUCAUUAUUGCCACAGAAGCAAUGCAUAAUAUGUCUAAAAAGAAGGGUAAAAAAGGAUACUUUGCCAUUAAGAUUGAUCUUGCUAAGGCUUAUGAUAAGAUCAAUUGGAAGUUCAUCUGGCGAGUUCUUACUGAGAUAGGAUUACCUGACAACUUGAUAAAUAUUAUUAUGCACGGUGUUACGAGCGUCGAGACUGAUAUUAAUUGGAAUGGCAGCAGAAGUGAUUUCUUUCGUCCCAAGCAUGGCAUUCGUCAAGGAGACCCGAUGUCACCGUACCUUUUUAUGUUAUGUAUGGACAAACCCUCUCAUAUUAUUGAGCAGAAAGUGCAUCAGAAGGAAUGGAGAGGCGUGCAACUGGGUUCGAAGGGGUUGGGGAUUUCUCACCUUAUGUUUGCUGACAAUCUCUUGAUGUUUGGCGAAGUGAAUGAAAGGCAAAUGAAAUGUGUGAUCAACUCUCUUGAUACUUUUUGCAAGCUUUCAGGUCAAGAAGUAAGUAGAGAAAAAUAUAGUAUUCUUUUCAUAGAGAACGUAAAAAGAAGCUUGAGGAUGAAACUGGUGCAUUUGUCUGGCUAUCGUGAGACAAGUAAUUUUGGCAAAUAUCUUGGCAUCCCGUUGAGUGGGAAAAACCUGAAGCGACAUGAUUACAACUAUAUUAUUGAGCAGAUUUCUACCAAAUUAGCUAGCUGGAAAGCGAGGAACCUUUCUAUGGCGGGUAGAAUAACUCUUGCGAAGAGUGUCAUAGAGGCAACCCCCACCUACCCUAUGAUGACUAACAUCCUUCCAAAAGCCUGCAUAAAGGAAAUACAGCGCUUGCAAAUUAGUUGGAAAAUGAUGAACAAUGAUGCAAACCUAUGGUGCAAUAUUCUUCGAAUGAAAUGCAUGCCUAAUAUGCUGCAAUCUAGUGUGUGGAGGAUUGGAGAUGGAGCUGAUAUCCAUGCUUGGAAUGAUAUUUUGAUUGGCAUGGGAAAAAAUAUUGUAGACUAUCAUGUGGACAUCCCGACUAUCUUACCUCCAUUGGACCCGGAAGAGAGAGAUAGUAUUCGAUAUGUUGGAACUAUGAAGGGAGAUUUUUCUGUUGGGAAUAAUUAUAGAGAUUUGCAGCAUGACACAGAUGAAGAAUAUUGUGAGAAGACAGACUACCGUAGAACAAAUCUCUUAGAGCCCUCCGGAGCCAGAUUUCGUGAAACUGAAUAUCGAUGGACUUGUGGAAAAGAUAGUUUAUCAGGUUGUGGUGGUGUCAUCCGUGACAGCAGGGGUUGUUGGCUUUGCGGUUUCUCCAAGCUUAUUGGAUAUUGCAGCGCGUUCACAGCAGAGGCGUGGGCAAUUUUUGAAGGCCUCAAGUUAACCUUAGCAAGAGGAUAUGUGAAGAUUAUAGUGAAUAUGGAUGCGAGAAAGGUUAUCGAAGCAAUUUUACGAAAGGAUAACAAAGGCUAUUCUGACUCGGCGUUGAUUCAGCAGAUUCGUUUGCAUAUGUCUAGUCACGAUGUGGUUAUUUUAGAGCAUACAUUUUGGGAAGUCAAUUCCAUAGCUGAUAAGCUUGCUAGAGACGCGAGACUGUUAAACAAUGGAUUUCAAAUCUUUGAAGAGGCUCCUGACCAUAUCAUGGUUCUUCUUCAAAAGGAUUCUGUUGGGAGCUCUUUUGAUAGAGUUGUUGAUUUUUAG